GGAAGCGUCAAGAUGGCGGCGUAGGCGCGGGUGUUGCUGUUGGCUCACCGGUCCCUCCCGCCCCGUCCUUUAUCUGCAGCCGCCCCUAGGGCGGAGCCGCGUCCGCCGCUGGAGCCCCAGAGGCAGGUCAGUCCCGAGGAGCGGCGCAGGGAGGCGGCGGAGGCGGCAGCGACGUGCCCUGCUAUCGCCUCCAGGAUGCCCAACAUCAAGAUCUUCAGCGGCAGCUCCCACCAGGACCUCUCGCAGAAGAUCGCCGACCGCCUCGGCCUCGAACUCGGCAAGGUCGUCACCAAGAAGUUCAGCAACCAGGAGACAUGCGUGGAGAUCGGCGAGAGCGUCCGUGGCGAGGACGUGUACAUCGUGCAGAGCGGCUGCGGGGAGAUCAACGACAACCUGAUGGAGCUGCUCAUCAUGAUCAACGCCUGCAAGAUCGCCUCGGCCAGCCGCGUCACUGCCGUCAUCCCCUGCUUCCCCUAUGCGCGCCAAGACAAGAAGGACAAGAGCCGGGCCCCGAUCUCUGCCAAGCUGGUGGCGAAUAUGCUGUCGGUCGCUGGUGCAGACCACAUCAUCACUAUGGACCUGCAUGCCUCUCAGAUCCAGGGCUUCUUUGAUAUACCUGUGGACAACCUGUAUGCAGAACCUGCUGUCCUGAAGUGGAUCAAAGAGAACAUUGCAGAAUGGAAGACCUGCACGAUUGUCUCGCCUGAUGCUGGUGGAGCCAAAAGAGUGACUUCUAUUGCUGAUCGGCUGAAUGUGGACUUUGCCCUCAUUCACAAGGAGAGGAAGAAGGCCAAUGAGGUGGACCGCAUGGUGUUGGUGGGAGAUGUGAAAGACAGAGUGGCUAUCCUUGUGGAUGACAUGGCAGACACAUGUGGAACUAUCUGCCACGCAGCAGACAAGCUGGUUUCAGCUGGAGCCACCAAAGUUUAUGCCAUUCUGACUCAUGGAAUCUUUUCUGGGCCAGCCAUUUCCCGCAUCAACAAUGCCUGCUUCGAGGCGGUCGUAGUCACAAACACAAUCCCCCAGGAGGACAAGAUGAAGCACUGCCCUAAAAUCCAGGUAAUCGACAUCUCUAUGAUCCUGGCCGAGGCCAUCAGGAGGACUCACAAUGGCGAAUCCGUCUCUUACCUCUUCAGCCAUGUUCCUUUAUAACAGUCAAAGCUGCUGCUCGUGUGGCUUUUUUUUUUUUUUUGAAAACCAAAAUGUGUCGAAUUUGUUUUAAGGCUCAGUAGAAGAUACUUUGCUUGUCUGACUGCAGCUCUCCUCAGUUCUUCCUCUGUAUUUCCCAGAGCUUGGCAGGGGACAGGAAGGGGGGAGGGGUCACCCCUAUGCUCUCAGACUGUCACCCCUAGGCUCUUGAGUAGUUUUGGGCUACUAGUGCAAUUAAGACAUCUUCACUCCAAGGGAAAGUAGAGCAGACAUUGCAGAAUGCCCUUUGGUGUUGAGGUGGGGAAGACUUUUUUUUGCAUGCAAUGCCCUUGGUGUGUUUUGUAUAGCUAGGUUGGGUAGCUACUCCAUAACAGAAAGAAGCUCAGGGGGGAGGGGUGGCAGGAGAUGGGGGAGGGCUUCUAUAUGCUGAUGCCAGCUGUAGCUGGGGCAUGGCUUAGCUUGGAUCCUACCCCUCCCAGGAUGGUUUUUUUUUUUUGGCGUUUGUGUCCAGUUCAUUUCAGAUCCAGGUGUUCCCUUUUCCUAACUAAUUAAGAUGUCUGAAGCCUGCCAUGUUGGGGAACACUGCUUUUCUUUCUAUGCCAGAAGGCAAUUGGGCAGUUUCUGCUGCUCUGGAGGAGGACCCCAACACAUGCUCCUCUCUCUUGGACGCUUUUUAUAGUGAGACUUUAGGCCUGGCUUUUAUUUAUUGGUGCUUCUUCAGUGUUCCUUGUUAACUCUCAUUUGACACUCUCAUUCAACACUCCCACUGAAGGAUGGAGAAGGAUACUCCUCAUUGUCACCAGAGGCGAAAGGAUCAGAUGCUCAAACCCAGAGCUGCUACACCAGACAAUCUGCAGAUGGCCCACUAACUUGUCUUGUGAGCGAGAGCAGCAGCCUGGCUCAAUGAAAUCUGGUUCAUUUUGGAUCAAUGAUGGCUUUAGGAAAAUCACUGGUAUCUCUCAACCAUGGCUUAUGUGAAACCUAUAGGUUGUGGAAUAACAGUAGCUUUCUUGAAAAGUCUCAGUCAGUGGCAGGGGUCCUCUUUAGAUGUUGGAUAUUGUGCCUUUUUAAUAUACUUCUCCUCUUCUGGCCUAGGGCUUUGGUCCCCUGGCAAUGAUCUGUUUCUUCCUGAGCCCGUGGGGGAGUGGGUGUCUCGUGUCCCAUCUGUCCGGCUGUGUGUUUGUAUGUGUGUGGUUGCUUCUUUGCUCUUCAUCCUUCACGUCAUCUCUCCAAUUGCUGCCUCUGCUCCACCCUGGGCAGAAACCCAGAGUGAUGCUGCGGAAAGCAGGGGAGCAGUUUUUGUGUUUUUCUCCAGACCUCAAUGAAGGAAUUAAACCUUUUAUUUAAAACCCCCAAAA